UAAAGAGUAUAUGCGUCAAGUAAUGGAAAUUAAACCUGAAUGGUUAAUAGAAGCUGCUCCGUAUUAUUAUUCAAAAUCCGAGUUAGAUAAUUUAGAGGGUAAAAAGAAAAUGCCAAAAAAUAAUAAAGCCGCUCAAUCUUAA